UUUCCUUAUUGUGAUUUAUAAAAUACAAUUUUGCUUUAUGAUUUUAUAAAAUCUUACUAAAUUUAAAUAUUUCAUGUAUUAUAUUUUCUUGGCAAGGGUGGGGGAAGUCAGCUCCCACCUUCUGCACGUGAUGUACUGGCACCACCGGGAUCUUGCACCCAGACCUCUACGGCCUACCCAGAAGCUCAGGAUUAGUUUAUUCCAUGCUUUCGGCCGUGCUGGGCUCUCCCCUGUGGAGUGCCGGUCGGCCCAGGUGUUCAGGAUUAUCCAGAUGGAUAGGGUUGUACGAGGAAGUCCAGCUAAGAGGUCUAAGGGGAAGCCCCUGAGGGCCGCUGUGGCUUCCAGAGUAUCUUUGUGCUUAAGUUCCUUUUCACCGACUGACCUGUGAGGCCCAGGGAUUUACUUCUCCCUCGGCUUCCUGUCCAGUUGUGUGAAAUCCCACACAGGGAGUGGCGAUUAAAUUGCACUCAAAGACCUACUGCCCAAUUCCUUCUAGAAUCCUUUCCAAGUACAUUGGAUGCGGUCCAGUCGACAAACCUUUGAUUCCAACUCACUUGGCAGAAACUCCCGAGCACCUUCAGCCUGCCAUGGGUCACUAAACCAAAGAAACCAAACUCAUGAAACUCAGUGCCAUCCAGUCAAUUACCACUCAUAGCGACCCUAUAGGACAGAGUAGAACUGCCCCAUAGGGUUUCCAAGGAGCAGCUGGAUUCGAACUGUCAACCUUUUGGUUAGCAGCUGAGCUCUUAACCACUGCACCACCAGGGGUCCAUGGGUCACUAGUCAGUCACGAAGAUCAAGAAGCCUGGGGGUGGCUCACCUUGACAUUUGAUUUUCUAUUAAAUUUGACAAUGGGGGAGGGGUGCUCUGAGAUCCAUGAUUUUCAUAGGGAUGAUAGGAGAGAGGACCAUAAACUAAUUUAAAAGAAACUUCUCAGCCUGUCCUGGUAUGGUGAAAUUCUUAACCCCCCACACAUGACCAUUGUCACAGUUAGAACAACCAAAUGUGUACCUAUAAGGGAAUGUCACAGCAUUAACACAUAAAAUUCAUGUUAAACCGAAAAAACCAGCUACCCUGUGUGUGUCAGAGUAGAACGGUGCUCCGUAGGGUUUUCAGUGGCUGGUUUUUCAGAAGUAGAUUACCAGACCUUUCUUCCAAGGUACCUCUGGGUGGACUUGAACUGCAAACCUUUCAGUUAACAGUUGGGGUGUUAACCAUUUGCAUUACCCAGGGCCUUAGUAUAUUACGGACUUGGGAAAGGCAAACUGUAAGAUGGUAUGUGUACUGGGACCAUCCCCCCGUCUGCACUUGUGUACGCACCAGAAAGGCCUGGAAGGGUGCAUACACCCCAGUGCUUCCUUCUGGGCAGUGGUAUGGGGUGAGGGGGGAGAGGACUUUAAUUUAUACUUUCCUAUAUUGAGAUUUUUUAUGAGCACAUGUAACAUUUAAAAUUUUUUAAAUCAAAAUGGAAAAACAAGAAGGUAAAAAAAAAAAAAAAUUAUGGUAUGCAUAUCCAAGCCUGGUAGUUCUCAUUAUUAUGGAUUCCGUAAUAACCUGUGGUUCUCAGAUUUUGCUGUUGUUAGUUGUCAAGUCAGCUCUGGCUCAUAGCAACGUUAAAUAUAACAGAAGGAGACAUUGCCUGGUACUGCACCAUUUUCUCAAACUUUAAAACCGCUUGCUGUUGAGUCAGCCCCGACUCAUGGUGACCCCCAUGUAUAUCAGAGUAGAACUAUGCUCUCUAGGGUUCUCAAUGGCUGAUUUCAGCCAAUGGAAGUAGAUAGCCAGGCCUUUCUUCCAAGGUGUCUUCGGGUGGACUCAGACCUCCAAGCUUUCAAUUAGCAGCUGAGUGCAUUAACGUUUACACCACCCAGGAACAUCUAGUUGUUUUGUUAGUUGUUUUCGAGUUAAUUCUGACUCAUGGUGAUCCCAUGUGUUACACAACAGAACUGCACCAUAGGAUUUUAAUGGCCGUAGUCUUAAUGGAAGCAGAUUACCAGGACUUUUCUUCCAUGCAGCCACUGGGUGGGUUUGAACAGCCAACCUUUAGGUUAAGCAGUCCAAUGCUUAACCAUUCGUGCUACCCAGGGACCGGAUCACCUGGAGGGCUCAUGAAAGCACAGACCACCAGAUCCCACGCCUAGAGUUUCUGAGUCCAUAGAUCUGAGUGGGGCCCAGAAAUUUGAUUUUUAACAAGCUCCCAGGUGAUGCUGAUGUUGCUGGUCCAGGGACCACACUUUGAAAACCACUCCUGUAAACCAGGGCUUCAAACCAGUUCUUUCCAGUUUGAACCCCUGCUGAGAAUUUGCAUUUUUAACAAGUUCACAGGCAAUGCUAAUGCUGCUGGUUAGGGACCAAUUCUGAGAACCACUAGUAGAGCAGUGGUUCUCAACAUUUAUUAUACACAAGAAUCACCUGGGCAUCUUGUUAAAAUGCCAAUUCUGAUUCAAUAUAUCUGGGGUGGAAAUGCAAAUUUGAACAAAUCAGUUCGAAGCCCUGGUGUAAACCUACUUAUAGGAGAACAUCCUUAUAGCUCCCCUCUGCUCCUCACUCCCGGUGGAACUUCUCUGGAACUUCUGCCCCUGUUCUUGACCUAAGGGGUUUGCAUUAUUUAAUUUGGGCAUUUGAUAUGCAUCUACAGGGGGCUUUGCUGGAGCUGUGGCUUCUUGCUGGCCUUAUUCUUGCCCUGCCCUUUCUGCUGCCCUGUGAAGGGGCAGGUCCCCCCCAAGAACCUGCUUUUCCCUAGGCUGCCUGUGAGGCCUUAGGGCCUGUGUCUGCCUGCCUUGGCAUUCCUUCCUGUUACGAUUUCUGGCCCUUUGGUGUCCAAGAUUCCAUUCUUCCAGGUGUCACCUGAUGUUGAAGGUGAGGCAGGAGGAGGACAGGGAGCAACAUGUAUUAAGUACCUACUGUGUGUACUAUACUGCGCCGGGCACUUGAGCUGUAGGAUUCCACGUUGAAAUCAUGAGUGCCAGCCUCCUUCCUCCUUGUUCACCCCCCGGGGUGGCUCGAGAGCCUUGACCUGGGUCUGCAGGGUUGGGGAAGAAGGCUCUUUGCCCAGGACCUUCUAAACCCGCAGCGCCUGGGGUGGCCCCUUGCAUCUCUCUGUGAACUGAUUUGUUUCAGGUCUGCCCACGGUCUCCCUCCUUCUCAGUCUCCCUGGAUGGAUGUAGGGUGACCCAGAGUCCACUCCCUGUGGUGACCUUUCCCUGUCAGCACCUCCCCUGGGAAGAGGUUGGAGUGUCGCCAGCUCCCAUUUGGGCCCCUGUGCCACGUGAAAGCCUGGGUUUGAUCAGACUUCCUGUGCCGGGGUGGCCACUUGGGAGGACGGAAGUGGCAGGCAGCGUCCUGGGACUCUUCCCCUGGGGCCGGGCAGUUCCAGAGGAAGGGGUGAGGCCCAGCCCUCUGUAAGAAUUUUGUGUCCCUGUGUCCCCCUGCCUACCUGCUGCCCCUCUCUGCCCCACCUUGGGGAAGGCAAGCUUCAGCAUCCUCAGGGCCAGAGUGACCUGACUGGGCCACCCUCUCCACCCUGGGGCUUUGCAGGCAUCUGCCAUGAGCCCCCAUUUCCUCCCUUCCCUGGGGAAUUUACGGAGGUGGAUGGGGGCAAGGAAAGAGAUCGGAGUCUCUGAGCCUUUCUCCAGGGGCUCCCUCUGCCAGCAUCUCUUCCCCUUGGAGAUGGUCACAUGGUUCUGCCCUCAAAACUCUGCCUUUCUGCCUCCUGCGUGGACUGGGCAGGCCCCACGUGGACCAGGCAGGCCCCACAUGGACCAGGCAGGUGCUUUGUGCACCGGGCCGGCCCCAUGUGGACAAGGCAGACCCCGUGUGGACCAGGCAGACACCACAUGGACCAGGCAGGCAGGCACCAUGUGGCCAGACAGAUCCCAUGUGGGCCAGGCAGGUACCAUGUGGACCGGGCAGGCCAUUUGACCAACCCUCAGCCUCCUUGUUGGGUGGCAUUCAGGAUCUCAGUCUAGACUGAAUUUCCAUUAGCACUCAAAGGCACAUUUGCUACUGUCUUGGAUCAACUUUUGGGAAGGUCCCUGUGUGUCCCUGAGGUCCCUACAAGAACAGGACCUCUCGUCUGAACGAGGACUGUUGCCCUCACAGCCUGGAGACGGCUAUAGCCGUAACUUUUUGUUUUAAUCUUUAGUCUCUAUAUGAGUGUCACACUGAUUUCCCAGGGGCAGGGCCCAACUGAUCCGAGCCCAUUCUGAAAGUGUCAUGAGUAAUCUGUGUCCUCCCGUAGGUGUCGAUGGCAGGUGCAUUUUUAGUCUUUUGAGGUCAGAGGCUAGAGCCCUGGACCGCGUGGGAUUUUCUCUCCAAGAUCGCUUGUCAGAACUUUCCAGAAGGGUUAAAUCCUUUUUGUUGAUUCUAGGGGUGGAGACUUAUUACUUGAGCAAGAACACAGCGCCCCCUGGGUUCUCCCCAGUAUCCCCCCCUCAAGUGGGCAGUUGGGGUGGGGGGGUGUUGUAACCACAUGGCCCUUGGCCUACUCUCGGGGGCACUUUUAGCCUGUCCUCAGUGCUUCCGCCUAGGAUCAUGUUCCUGCCGCUUGUGUUGGGGAGGCUGAAGGGAGUCUGGUUCCCAGGAGCGAGAAACCGUAAUUAGCAGGCGGAGCCGGAGCGGCCACUCUGCCGUGCUGCAGACAGUGCAUUCUGAUAUAAUAACAGAUCGCUUGGGGCAUGCUUCUCUUGCAAAACCCUGGGCUGCAACCACAGAUGUGUGGGGCGGAGAGGUGGAGGGAGGGGUGAAGGAAGCUUUUUUGAUCUUCAGGUGAAAGGAGGCUUUAUAAAUAGGUCACCUUGUUCCACAUCCUGAAUUUUGUUCUUUCCCCAUCUUGGGUCAAAACAAUGGUUUAACUGUUCCGGGGUCAGCCAAAGGCACUGAGGGGGACCUGAGCUUAGAGAACAUGGGGGUGUGUGUGUCACUCUCUGGUAGUUUCUGUGCUGUGGGUUCCCUCACCCCCUACCCCCUCUGCCACAGCCACCAUGGACAUGCCUCCAGCGAAGGGUGCUGCCUGUUCACCAAACCUUUUCUUAAAAAACAAGAGGAUAAUUUGUAGUAGAGGUGGCACUAUGAGUCAGAAUCGACUUGAUGGCAAUGGGCUUUGAGGUGGGGCCUAGGGCCAGCUGACCCAAUGGCCCUUUUUUUGGAAGGCAGAAUUUUUAGAGUCGCAGCUUUAAUUAAAGGGAGGGCAAAGCAUCUCAGCAGGUGCUGUGUACCGAGUAGUGUCUGAGUUGAGGGUUGAAAUCCGUGCCCCAAGCACAUAAGGGCCAGAGUCAGGGCAACUUUUUAGACAUAACCAAACACCUCUCAGGAUGAAAUUCCUAGGCUUGAAGGCGAAGGACUAUAGACUCGGGGGUCAUCUACAUCAAUUGGUACAACAUGGUUCAUAAAGUUCUGUGUCCUACUUUAAUGAGUAGCAUCUGGGGUCUUAAAAGCUUUUGAGCAGCCAUCUAAGGUACAUGUAUUGGUCUCUUACUCUCUGGAGUGAAGAAAACCAAGACUCUAGGGAGCAAUUAGUCCAAAGGACUAAUGAACCACACGAAUCACAGCCUACACGACCCAAGACCAGAAGAACUAGAUGGUGCCCAGCUGCUACUGCCAACCACUCUGAUUGGCAUCACAACAGAGAGUUCUGAACAGAGUGGGAGAAAAAUUGUAGAACAAAAAAUCGAAUUCACAGAAAAGACCACAUUUACUGGUCUGACAGAGAUUGGAGGAACCCCCAAGUCUGUGGCCCUGAGACGUCCUUCUCGACUGGAACUGCUGCCAUUCUCAAAGACCACCAUUCAACCAAACCAUAGACAGGCCCAUAAAAUAAAUAAUAACACCUGAAAGGAACAUGCUCCUUAGAACAAUCAAUUAUACGAGAUCAAAAGGGUGACAUUUGCCCAAAGCAAAGAUGAGAAGGCAGGAAGGAAUAGAAAAUCAGGACAAAAGGAAAGGGGGAGCCUAUGAUGGAAAUGGGGAGAGUGCUGACACAUUGUGGGGAACGAAACGAAUGUUUUGGAACACUUUAUGUACAAACUAUUGAAUGGAAAACUAAUUUGCUCGGUAAACUUUAAUGCACACACACACACACACACAAAUCCAUGCCUCUCGCCAAAUUUCUCCCUCCUUGCCUCCUCUUCUCUGGAGUUGGCCCCUUGGGGCCGGACCAGUGGUUGGUGACUCCAUCAUGGUAACCUCUGUCUCUUUUUGCCAAGGCUGGUUUCAGAUCCGAGCAGCCAUUCUGGUCUUGUGCUUUUGGCCAGUGGCGGCAGGCAGCUGCCCCGUUUCCUGGGUAAUGAAAAUGUGUGACUGAGAAACAGUGAUUGGAGAUCUAAGGUGAAAUCCUUGUAGAAAUCAUGUCAUGGAUGGCCCCAGACCUGUAUCUGGGAAUUCUUGUCCUUUAUGUUAAAUGACCUUCUGCCGAUACAGGUCCUGACCAUGUAUCUUGGUGGAUGAAGCACUCAGGAUGGUAGUGCUUGCUUUAUGAGAAGGCAUGUGCACGGAGAGCCUUUCGGAAUUGCUUUGGGGGCAGUUCGUUCUUGUGAAUAUGAUUUGUUAAAUCAGUGUUUCUCAGCUUUUAUUCUUUUUUGUGUGCUUAAAAUUCGUUUUCACUACCUCAUGGACACUCCCAAGGGCUCACUAAGCAAUCACAGUCCCUGUGCUCCUGGGGCACCUCUGGGCCUUGGAAGGCCUGGGCAUGUGCAUUCACCUCUCUCAUAGACUGGUAGGAAAGUGGGGUGGUCCCGGAGCUGGGGCUCCAAAGGGUUCCCGUACCUCCUACCUGGUCUACCCUGCCCUGUGAUGCCCCAUCUCAGAUUGGCAGUGAACAGAAGCAGCCCUUGCCAGACGAGUAUCAGAGUCACUCAGCACCUGUGGGUGGUACAACCCCUCCCCUGAGGUCCAUGUUCAGGUAUUUUGGCCAUGGGGGCUGCCUGAGUUUUUCUUGGGUUUAGAACAGAGCUCAGCAAACCCAUGGGUCAAGUUCAGCCUACUGCCUGCUUUUAUAAAUAAAUUUUUAUUGGAACACAGCCAUGCCCACCUGUUUACGUAUUGUCUGCAAAGUCUGAAAUAUUUAUUAUCUGGCUUUUUCUGGAAAAGUUUGCCGAUCCCUGGUUUAGAAGGUACUUUGAACUUGAUCUGCUCUAGCCCAGCAUUCCAAGCACUUGACUGGGCGGUUGUGGCCUAAAGACAGCUCUCCAUCUAUAGGGCCAGGUGUGGUGACUGGGGAGACUAGGUAACAGUGGUCUUUGUUAGUUGUACAGAGCACAGUCUCAGCAUAAAACAAAGUAAAAAAGCCAGUGGGCCAGGUUGUCUCUUGCAUAUUGUCUCAGUUGAUUUUCAGGUGAGUGAGUGGCACACCGGUGACGUCCCAUAUUAUAAAUGAGCAAACAAGCGCGGGAAAGUCAAGGUCAAAUCCUUGCCAGUGGUUUUGUGCAUGAGUUUCCCUGAGGACUGGAAGCUCAGGAAAGCAGGGCUGGACCGAGCGUUGGGCAGUGGGAGAGGGCAGAUAAGGAGAAGCUGAAGGAGAGAGCACCUGGCUGGGCUGGAGCUGGGAGAAGGUGGGCCACUUGAACUCCUGGAGGACUCAAAGGAGGGUGGGCCCCUGCAGCUGCAUUUAAAAAUAGAUGGAAGGAGACGAGUAGCCAACCGCCCCGUGUGUCGAUGCACGGCGAGGAGGCGGCCAAGUAUGGACGGCAGGAAGUUGAAGAGAAGGAAGCGUCAGCUUUAACCAUAGCCUGGACAUAGGUGGGGGCGGGCAGGUGAUGGGUGAGUCAGAGUGGCCUUGAAGUUGCCAUGGCAAUUGAUGACCUCGAGGUGACUCAGAUGGCAGGAUGACCCAGAAGUGGCAGAGUGGGUGGCCCACGUCCCCUUGAGAGAGUCCUCCCAUGAUGCCACAGGUACUUUCCCUGCCCUCCAUGCUCAAGGAGAAUGUCCCACCACCCUCUCCACAGCCCCUUCCUCCCGGACUUUUCCUUCCAAGAGCUUCCACUGCUCAAAGCCAUUCAGUGCCAGGCCCAGAUGGGGCCCCCUCCGAUAGUUCCCGACACAGGGCCCAAAGGAGGCGGAAGUUUAGCAGCAGGUGCGUGUUGUGGACUUGCUUGGCAACCACAAGUGGUGGGAUCUCACUGCUGGAACUGGCCUAGAUGACAGUGUGUGCCUCGCUUUGAGGCCAUGCUGUCUUCUGAUCACUGUGUCACAGUGAGGUCACUGUAACCCUCGAGCUUGUCCCAGAACCAGGUGGUCCCCUGCUGUAGAGGGGCACACCUUUGACACAGCUGUCCUCGCCGGUCUCAGGGAGCAACGGGCCUUCUAUCACAUCCCUGCCGGUAGAGAAGGAAGUCCAGGCACCCAAUGUUCCCACUCAGAACGUUCUGUGGGAAGAAGGCUUCCAGAGGCCUGGCCAUCCCAAAGGCGUUGCUCCUCCCAGCUCAAUGAGCAAGCUCCAGGGUGGCUGAAGAUCCCAGGGAGGCUUCCACCCGACUGCUGAGCCUGCUCCUCUUUCCAGGCCCUGGUAGCCCCAGGAUCAGAGAGGGGAGGCCUGGGCCUCUAGGUUCCCAGCAUUCCCCGCGUCGGGCAGCUGAUGGCAGUGUGGCUGGUCCGGCCCCCCUCACCUACCAGCAGGCACCCUGUCCUUGAGGCUACGAGGCAGCAAUUGCUGUGCAGGCUGAAGAGGCAAUAGGCCAACUGCAGCGAUAAACCCACAGCCCCCCACCCCCACCCCAGGUCCCUCUGUAUUUUCUCCAUUCCAUUCACUUGGCACGUGAGUGGUCCCUACAACAGGCAACCUGAGUGACGCUUUUCCACCAAUGGCUCACGUUGUAACCUCUGCAUUCUUGUUUGGUUGCAUUUCUUUAGCCAGGAGCCUGUCUUGUCCAUUGUCUGGUUGGUCUCCAGAAGCUGUCUCCCAAACUGGGCAGCCAAGAGUCCUGUCCAGGACCCAGGAGGCUUUUGAUGGCAACCCUGGAUGCUCCACAACUUGAGGAGUCUCCUAACAACCUUCCCGAAGAAGGGCCCCAGCCUUACCGGAAAGCUGGACGAGAGACCCUGGGGUUGAUGAGCUGGCCCGGGGCUCCUGGGGGAAGGUGAAACCCAAGGCAAGCAUGGGUCAGAAGGUCACCGGGGGGAUCAAGACAGUGGCCAUACAGGACCCCACAUACCGGCCGCUGAAGCAGGAGCUGCAGGGCCUGGACUACUGCAAGCCCACCCGCCUGGACCUGCUGUUGGACAUGCCCCCGGUGUCCUACGACGUGCAGCUGCUGCACUCAUGGAAUAACAACGACCGCUCGCUCAACGUCUUCGUGAAAGAAGAUGACAAGCUUAUCUUCCACCGCCACCCGGUGGCCCAGAGCACGGACGCCAUCCGGGGCAAGGUCGGGUACACGCGGGGGCUGCACGUGUGGCAGAUCACGUGGGCCAUGCGGCAGCGGGGCACCCAUGCCGUGGUGGGGGUGGCCACAGCGGAUGCCCCCCUGCACUCCGUCGGGUACACGACGCUCGUGGGGAACAACCACGAGUCUUGGGGCUGGGACUUGGGGCGCAACCGGCUCUACCACGACGGCAAGAACCAGCCGAGCAAAACGUACCCAGCUUUUCUGGAGCCCGACGAGACCUUCAUCGUCCCUGACUCCUUCCUGGUGGCCUUGGACAUGGACGAUGGGACCCUCAGCUUCAUUGUGGAUGGACAGUACAUGGGAGUGGCUUUUCGGGGACUCAAGGGCAAAAAACUGUAUCCUGUAGUGAGUGCUGUCUGGGGCCACUGUGAGAUCCGCAUGCGCUACUUGAACGGGCUUGAUCCCGAGCCCCUGCCGCUCAUGGAUCUCUGCCGCCGCUCAGUGCGCCUGGCCCUGGGGAAGGAGCGCCUCGGGGAGAUCCACAGACUGCCGCUGCCCGCUGCGCUCAGGGCCUACCUCCUCUACCAGUGAUGCGCCUCCUAGGACCUCUGCUCAACAGACAUCUGGUGCCACCUCACUGAGCCACCUGCCACAGGGCCGCCCACCAUGUUGGGUCCUGAAACCGGCACCUGCAGCCGUGGACAGAAGGCCAUGCUCUUCCCAUCCAUCCCUCCCCGGUUGCCUCUGCCGGACAUGAACAGAUCCCGACAGUCUCCUCCGUCCCCCUUCCCAACGUUGGCAGAAGGCAGCCACCCUGCAUGCCGUAUACAUCCCCUGUUUAAAAAAGACAGAAUAAACUUCUAUAGUCCUA